AUGCAUCUGCCCGAGGAGACAAGAUCGCCGGAGAGGUCGGAGAGCCUCAGAAGCGGCGUCGCUCCGAGACACCCGGCCCGCGACCAUCACGAGCAGACGCGAGCCGAGGCCGGUCUCGAGAAGAAGUGUCGCGUGCCAGAUACGGUGGAGAGAGGUACAGACGUGGAGAUGGCGGAUACGAUGGCAGAUACGAUGACAGCUCCAGCGACGAGGGCCCUGACGGAUACUACGAAGAACCACCCCGCCGCCAUCAUCACAAACACUCAGGACACAAAGUCAAAGUUCAGCAGGCCCCAGGCGGUGACUACGUCACAGAAGAUCAAAUCCUCGACGACCACCCCAGCCACUCUCCCCUCCGUCCAGUCAAUGCCCAUCACGGAAGAACUUCCAGACGCAAGCCGUCCGACUUCAACGUCGAAGAUCCCGCCCGGCGGGGCCACACCCUCCAAGAGACCAGACACGAGGCCAUCAGCCAGCUGUACGGAGGCCGCGAUACCGGGCACGAGUUCAUCGAYGGUGCCUGAAGUCAGCAAUGACAUUAGUGAGCCGCAUACGCCGGUACAUGGCCAGCGCGGCAGCCUGCACAAGCGACGCGCAUCUGCGUCGCCGGACAAAUUCAGCAAUACACGAAUCGCUCCUCUCACGAUUCCCGCCGGCGUUCAAGACAGAUCUGCUGCAUCACCGACACCGCGCGGCCGUACUGCARACAAGCUUGAAAUCUACCACAACUCGACUGAUGCCCUUCAGCUAGGUGCAUCGCAGAAAGAUGACCUUUCUGCUGCUGGCGAAUCAUCUCAAGCGAUCUCGACGUCAGUUACGCAAACAUCUGGAGGUACUGCAGUAGCAAACCAACAGCCCCAGAUUAAGCGCGCUGCUACAAGACGCAAUAAAUCGUUCAGUUUGCUCGAGGCCAUCGUGCGCGACAACGCGCUUCUCAUCACCUUUACAAGCUGUCUCGACGUCCCAUCCAUCAUCUCUCUCUAUGCAAUCUCGAAGAGCUUUCACCUCUCAUUCAACAGGCAUGCCACCGCCUUCAUCCUCUCAAGCAUGCGUACAUUGGCUCCAAACGCAGACAAGAUCUUUCCCUGGCGAUGUUACCGUCAGCUCUGUAUCAAAGAUCCAAUCAAACGGCAGAAAGCAGUGCCAACAGCAUUCGGAGCAGAUAUCGAGCGCCUGGGAGAUCUAUCCCGCGACGUGCCGAGCCUCCGAUGGCUACAGAUGGUCGUCUGGCGAGAGGCUGUCGUGCAAGACAUGAUCAUGGAGCUCAAUGCCAAAGCAUUGAGAACGCCACGAGCCACCGGCGAUGCGGUCAAGAGGAUGUGGUUCGCACUGGAUCUUCCCUCGAGUGCCCAUCGUCUGGCCCUUUUCCGAAGCCCGACCUACAUAACCGAGAAAAUCAUCAUGCUUGCUACUUGCUUCUUCCUGAAGUGCGACAUGGCAUUCACAGACCCUGGUAUCGAACCAUACCCAUUCAAUCAUCCGAAUCAGGCUACAUUCCCCAACCAGUGGGCACAUGGCGGGGCUGUUGGCUGCACUCUCAGAGAGACACUAUCGGCAGAGCGCAACCUCACAUCCCUGUGGAGAGUCCUAAAGGGAUGGACCUGGGGUGAAUUCGACGAUGACCGUCGUCCCAUGGAUUCCACGGACGUUGUGAGGCUGAAUGUCAGACACACCUUCAGAUGGCCGGCCGGAACACCAGAUAAUAUGCUGAAGACUMCAGUCCUGGGUAUGCGGUACUCGGACUUCAUGUUCACAGGCUGUGAGCGGACUUACCGGGAAGACGAUGACGAGGACAAGAAACUGAAGCGGCCGCUGCGUCCGCUUAUCCCUCUCCACAAACUGCUCAUAGGAGAAAGCGUCCAGCGAGACAUGCGACUGACAGACCAAUACCUCGAAAUUCUAUCCUCUGGCUUUCUUGCUCCAGGAUCUCAUCAGAGGCUGCGAGUUUUCACGGUGGAGCAGCAGAGGAAGUUUCGGAAAAGGCCAGCCCGUCCACGAGCUUCGGCUAAACGGGCCGGGAAGGUGGUGGAAGUGAGAGCAGCUUUGAAGGGAAUGAGCUAG